UAAUAUACAAGAGAACAAAAAAUAAAAAUUAAAAAAGUGAUCUUUAUUUGUUCGGAGUACUUUCGUGAAGCCUUCGUACUGCAGACGAAUGAUAAGGAAGCAAGAUGGCGGCGAACGCAAACAGUAGAGGUGGAGGAAUACAACGAGUUUUACAGAAAUUAAAUAAGUCAAUAGAAGAAGGAAGCUAUUAUGAAGCACACCAAAUGAUAAGGACUUUAUAUUUCAGGUAUACAUCUCAAAAGAAGUAUAAUGAUGCCGCAGAAUUGCUACAUAACGGUGCUUGUUUAUUUCUAAAGCAUAAGCAGGUUGGAAGUGGUAAUGAUCUUGCUCUUCUAAUGUUGGAGUGUUUUAAGAAUUCAAAGCAACAAGCUGAUAAAACUAGCUUACAGAAGAUCCUCAGUAUAUUCAAACUUUAUGAUCCAGAGGAUUUCCAGGACAGACAAGAAUUUCUACAGAGAGCACUCAAUUGGACAAAAGAAGUAGAUCCUUCUCAAAAGUAUGGCAAUACCGAUCUUCACCAUGAAUGCGCAAAGAUCUAUUGGCAAGAGAAAAAUUAUGGCGAAUCAAGAUAUCACUUUUUAUAUACACAUGAUGGAUUACAGUGUGCUAAGAUGUUGAUUGAAUUUGCUACUACCAGGGGGUACCCUGGGGAACAAGAUUUGUUUGUCACUCAAACUGUCUUACAGUUCCUUUGUCUACCUAAUGCUAAUACUGCCAAUAUAGUCUUCCUCAAAUAUACUGAAUUCCAUCCUGAAUUCAGCAGUCAAGAACCUCCAUUCCCAAAACCACUGUUAAACUUUGUAUGGUUACUUUUGUCGGCAAUUAAAAGACAAGGAUCAUUAAGUUUGUUUACUGUCCUAUGUGAGAAGUAUCAGCCAACAUUAGAGAGAGAUCCUACAUAUAAAAUAUAUCUAGAUAGGAUAGCACAACUAUUCUUUGGUCUUCCUCCUCCUCAGCCGACUGGAAUGCAAGGAAUUAUGGGUGGUUUAAUGCAGACUUUGUUUUCUGACGAGAAUGGUGCACCAGAUGUAAAUAUCUCAAUUCCAGACGGAGAAGACCUUGAUUAAUAGGGCUUAUUAAUAGGGCUUAUUAAUAGGGCUUAUUAAUACUGUUAAUAAAAGCACAAUAGGACAUACUAGUUAGCUGUUUUGAAUAUUAUGUUUAUAUGCAUGUCAGGGCUUCAAAAUAUUGAAAAAAUAAUUAUUGCACUCAGCAAAACCAUGAAAAACUAGUAAAACAAGAUAGGUAAUAAAAAGUAUGCAAGAUCCUUUGUUUUCUAUCAUUUAAAUACAGUGGUACCUUUAUUAAACACUUUGAGACCAUGCCUGGUGUUUGUUUAACAUAGGUAUCUGCUGAAUAGAGGUUUGUUUUAUAGUAAUUAAUAAAAAGAAGCUUUUGGUACUACGCAACAAACUAUCUGUUUAACAAAGUGUACUUAAUAGUUUUUUUUGUAUCAAUCAAUUAUAUAUUAAUUAAUUGUACUUUUUCAUGGUUUUAUUUGCUUCACUAUGAGCAGCCUCCCUAUUUUCUUGGUCACUUCCCACUUCUUGUAGUAGUUGAGCAUGAGAAAAUUAGUUUCAAGACAUGCUGUCCACACGUAGCACUGGUACUAAACUUCACUUGGCCAAACCAAACAGUGAUCAAAGGAAAUAGUGGGAGUUGCUAGCAGUCUAACAACAAUAAAUAUGCUUUAGCAAUAUUUACAUGAAUAAAAUGUAAAACAAAAUGGCUGAAGCAAUUGCAAAGGGACGAAGAAAGAGAGAUAUGAGGAACAAAGAAAAAGAUAUUGCACAAAAAUGUAAUGUACGCUUUUAUAGAUCAAACUAGAAGACAUAUUAAGGAUCUUUAAGGCCUAGGGCGAACGUCAAACUUUCCAUGCACCAAACUUAAUUACAUCAAAGAAUGCCGCCUCAUUAUCACCUGAUAUCCAUUGUUUUUAAUGAGUUCAGUGCAUGGAAAGUUCUAUGUUUGCCCUAGGCCGUAUUUUCUUGGUCAUAUGCUGGAAGCAUUAUAAAAGUUUAAUUGAAAUUUCAUCCAGUAUUGGCCAGUGCAGGGUGGAUUUCUUUUCUAUUUUGUAAUCACAUUUUACUGUGUUAAAUAUCAUUAUGAGAGUCGCAAACCAAAAUUAUUAAAAUCCCUGAUUUUAAUUUAUCAUUCAAUAAUGUUAUUAAAGGUUGCACACCAUC